AUGUGGUCAGCUGUUGAGACAAAUGUUGGUAUCAUCUGUACCUGUGUCCCCAUGUUGAAACAGUUGGCCAGCCGAUUGUUUGCCAAAUUCUCUGGGAAAUCCCGCCAGUUUGCAUCGCGCAGAGACAUUAAGGAGAAAGCGCCUAUGAGGCGGCCAUUCGACCGACGGGACUCCGUGACUUCUCCAUCUCUCGUCUUCGAUGAAAAUAGGCGGUCUUGUAGUCCUGAUUCAGGAUACAGUGAUGUGGAUGUCCAGGCUAGUUACACAGGAUCUAGGGCUAAGAGAUGUCAUUCCCACCAUCUAAGCCAAGACAGCUUCCAUGACAGAGGCGCUGUCAAGCCGAAGAGGACAAAAAGCAUGCUGGAACUGACCAACAAGGAGGCACUGCCCUUUUUGACGGCGAUAAUCUUCUUACUCUUUCUCUGGGGGUUCGGGUACGGCCUGCUCAAUACUGUCAAUUUUCGCUUUUUAAUUGAAGCAAAGGCAAGCUAUGCUAAAGCCAUCGGCCUACAUGCUGCAUACUUUGCUGGCUACCUCAUCGGACCGGCAGUAGCUGGUUAUCUACUAAAGAAGACUUCCUUCAAACUCACCUUUAUUGUUGGACUGUGUCUAUAUGCCUGUGGCAUUUUAAUUUCGUGGACUUCUGCAGUGCUUACAUCCUUUGAAACAUACGUCUUUUCAAACGUUGUCACCGGUGCUGGCAUGGCUAUUGUCCAGACAACUUCUCAUCCCUUCCUCGCGCUGUGUGGACCGCAGGAAUAUGCUGAAAUGCGCCUUAACUUCGCCCUCGGCUUCCAGUCAAUCGGCAGUGUGAUAUCUUCCAUAUUGGCCAAGAAGGCAUUUUCUCUAAGAACGAUCGACGCCCAUGACCUUGUACAGAUGAAGUGGGCUUACUUUGCCAUGGCUCUCCUUCAUAUCAUCUUAGCCAUAGCGAUGCAUUAUCUCUCUCUGCCCGAAGCCAAUGAUAAUCAGCUCGCAGACCUCGCACGCCAGCGCCAAAUGGCCAACUCUGCCAAGAUUUAUGAUAUUCGUGUCGUCUGGGUUACUCUGGGGUUGGCCGUUUUUGCCCAGUUCCUCUUCGUCGGCGGUUCAGAGGGCAUCAAUGUACACUUCAGGAAGCUUGCGAGACGGACCAGGAUCAAGAAUGUCACACCGUUUGAGUCACAGGCACUUGGCUUUGCGCUCUUCGCCAUUGGGCGGUUUGCAACUGUUGCUCUACAAUUAAUUGCGAAACCACGCGUUAUUCUUUCGAUACUUUAUCUCGGCCUCAUUGGAUGUGCUAUAGCGGCUGUCACCGUACACGGACGACUUGCCAUGAUCGGGGCUUUGGGCACAUACUUCUUCGGAAGCGGCAUCUAUGGUCUCACCUUUGCCAUCGCUCUCCGUGGCAUGGGUCAUCAUACCAAAACAGCUUCUGCCUUCUUAACAGCUGCGGUCUCCGGCGGUGCAGUGUUCAGUUGCGUCCAGCGAGCCGUCGCCGACAACCGAGGAGUCCAGUUUUCCUUCAUUGUUCCUACCAUCUUAUUCACCGUUUGCUUGAUCUUCCCGAUAUAUCUGAACACCUUCGCCCCGGCAAAGAGACAUACCGACCCCACCUUGAAAAACCAUCGGGCAAGGGGCACUAGCGUGGCAUUCCAUCCUACCCAGAACGAUCGUGGAGAGGGAUUCGCGGUCCCUGAAUCAAUAUUCCCUUCGCAAGAAACGAUCGCACGGGUAGUUCAGAAGUCGCAGGAUCGUUCCUCAGCGUACAUGUCGACUUCGCCUACGCAAGCACCAAAACGUGCAAAGGGCCAUUACCGCAGUGGUGGUCUAAUGCAUAGCUUGUCAUUGUGGCAUGCAUCUUUAAGAUCUCCAACUUCGGACAGGGCAUCCUGCGAACCGAGCCGGUCGUCGGGCAGAUGGGACAGGAACUCCAAAUCCGAGAGGAGAUGGCCGCCGGGUCCGUCCUCUCCUUCGCUCGAGUUGGACAAGGUAAAUGCACGACAAAGCUCGGAUUAUUACUAUUACCGUGCAGGUGAGGUGUAUAAGGAUAUCAGAUGA